GCCGUGAUCCAAUAUGGCCGCUGAAGAGGAGAGUUUUGUGAGUAUUGGAAGAGCUUUUGACGUACCUGAUGAAGAUGCACCGAAGAAAAAGGCCCUUCCAGUUCAUGAACAAUAUGCCACAGACAACGAUGGACGAAGACGAUUUCAUGGCGCCUUUACAGGAGGUUUUUCAGCAGGUUAUUUCAACACGGUGGGAAGCAAGGAGGGAUGGAAGCCCUCUACGUUUGUUUCGUCCCGAUUGAAAAGAUUCGAAUCAUCGCGCCAAAAGCCCGAGGAUUUUAUGGAUGAAGAAGAUCUAGGGGAGUUUGGAAUUGCUCCAAGAAAUGUUGAAACAACAAAGUUGUUUUCUCGAGAGCAUGAAAGCGAAGAGAAACGAAAUGAACCUGUUGUAUCAACAUCUGGGGUCAGUUUUGACUCAAUGAUGAAAUAUGCUCUACAAGACUUGGUAGUGCCAUGUCGGAUGUCUAUUGGAGUUAAGUUAUUGAAAAGGAUGGGGUGGAAGGAAGGACAGGGCAUUGGCCCACGUGUGAGACAACUGCCAAAGAAAAAGGUGGGUAUGAGUCACAAAUGGAAGCCUGACUGGAAAGUUUGUGCACUGUGUACCCAGACUGGAAAGUUUGGAAAUUGCACGCCAGAGAUUUCAAAAAUUUAAUAGUAAAUAUAUAGAAAGCAUAAAAAAUGUGCAUGGAAGAUCUUCCGCGCAUGGUGCAAAAAAUGCAGUCUGCUUAUCCCAAGUUAAUUCACUUCGAAAAUUAAUUGGACUUCCAAAGAUCUCAGAACUUUGCAUAUUUUUACAAACUUUACAAUGUGGGUUGAUGUAGUUUUACAAUCCUCUCUCAUGAUCUCAUUAUUGGCUAUCAUCUCAUAAGGGGCCGUUGUCAUAUAGAUUAUGUCUUGCAUUGUGGACUUGGUCUGCGAUUGCUUGAACCCCCUCCCACCUACAAUUUUUGCCAGAAACUAUGGGACAGCUGCUGUAAUUUCAUAUAAUUUGAAAGGAAUAGCACCCCCCGUUCCCCCAGUUCAAUGUUGGGCCAACAAAAAUUUGAUGUCUGGAUACGCGGCGCCAACAUUGAAACGGGUGGGGGGAGUGAGGGUGGAAAAUGUGUAUCAGGAAAUGGUAUAUUACAACCGCAUGCAUGUGAAAACUAGAUUGUCCCAAUCUAUAUUGUCAAAGAUUGUGUGUUGAAGUAAUACCAUUACUCUUAAAUUUAACUUAAUUUAACUUGUAGGCAUCUUGAAGCUGUGUACGCAGUUAUAUUUUCAUAAUUUCUUCACCUCUUUUAGGUCCUCUAGCAAUUUCGGUGCACACGGAUAAUUUUUGUGUACUGUGUUAUACGGCAAAGUUUGCGUAUGCGUGUGUUAGGAAAUAGCUAAAACCCGUCUGAAACAUCGCGCAUAUUUAAAAUCAGAUUUAAAGGCUUAUAGUGCUAAAUUUUAGACACAAAAUUGACAACUGCGCCAUCUUGUUAGUAUAACUAAGCGCGUAUAUGUGACAAUGACAUCAAUAUAGAAAUGAAUCUCACCACGAAUCUCACCAUAUUUUCAUGGGCUCACACGCCAUAAAAGCCUUAAUAGCAGACAAUAUCAAACAAAUUCACCCUAGGCAUCUAAAGUCAAACAUAUUUUACAAGGUAGGACGAUUUUACAAGUUUUCGUAACGAACUGACUAAGAUACGAAUGAUGUUCUAGCAACGAUUCUCACUUUCUGACAUAAAAUAGCCAAUGAGAUACAGAUUUAUUUACGUUUUGUAGUGAGCUUCGAAAGGAAUAACGAAAUGAGAUACAGAUUUAUUUACGUUUUGUAGUGAGCUUCGAAAGGAAUAACGCCCCCCAUUCCCCCAGUUCAAUGUUGGGCCAACAAAAAUUUGACGUUGGAUACGCGGCGCCAACAUUGAAACAGGUGGGGGGAGGGAGGGUGAAAAAUGUGUAUCAGGAAAUGGUAUAUUGCAACCAAAUGCAUGUGAAAACUAGAUUGUCCCAAUCUAUAUUGUCAAAGAUUGUACCUCAUCAGGGACAAGUAAAAAACCAAUGAGAAUCGAAAUUGUGAUCCAAAAUAUUGUCCGAAAUAUGACUGUGAGCGGUCUACUAUAGGACCUAUAGGCAAGGUUAGAAUAAGUUGACUUUUAACAUUACAAUCACCUUGUAAUAAAUAAAAACUAGUUUCCGUAUUGUUUAGCAGAACUUUGUAAGCGACAUAAAAUUUAAAUAAAUACCCGAUUUGCUGUCUACAAAUGCAAUAUUUAUAUCCCCGAUUGAACGAAAGAAAGUUUGUGUCGCACAGCGAAGUGAAAAGUCAACGCAAAAUAUUUGCCUGCAAUCAGUUAUUCCAGCGGCAACACAUUAAAUUGGAAUUAACCGGAAUGGGUUUGGACAUAGAUUGUAUACUUUGAAAAUUAAUGUAAAUAUCAAACUAAGUAUUGUUGUUGAGCUGUGUCAACUUUUUGCCUCUGAACUUUUUGUGAGUAUUAUUUAAAAUGCACUACAUUUUCUUCAAAAAUUUCCGGCUGGCAUCAAACGCGCUAAUCGGGUGAAUAUUAAUUGGCAUGGAUGGAAACUGGUAUUGGCGUAGCCAGUGAAGCAGAAGUAGGGAAGGGGACAAUGUAUGACAUCAUGAAGAUAUUGUUGGGUGGACGUGAGCCUGCUAGGGAUGUCUGGGGGUAUAUUCACUUGAGCGUUUUUGAAAUCUGAGACCUCAGAGCCCCAGGAAUUGAUUGCUGAGAAAAAUAAAUAAACAAGGCAUUAUAAAAAGAAUAAAGUGUGCUUGCUUACGUAGCAUUAAAUGUUUUUCCUUUAAUUUAUGUCUUCGACAUACCUUUGACAAAUGUUCAUCAUAAGGUGGACAUUAUAUUGUGCACAUCCCCCCCCCCCCGAACAUUUCUCAGAGAAAUGGAGUUUUUGGUGUAGAGGAGACUUGGUGUCUUUUGUCUGAAGGUAAUUGGUGCUGGGAAUCGAACGAUAAGGGGUGUAUUUUUUCCUUUUUCCACUGGUGACUGUAUAGGUGUCUUGCUGGAGGGUGCAUUAUCAGGUAUGGUUCGUUUAGUAAGAAGAGGAAGGUAAUUGCCAAUGAUAGUCAAGACAGGUGUGCUUGUACAGGGACAUGCUUUUGGAGGAACGUUUGAUUACAAAGGGUGAUUCUACCAGAUCCAUUGACUCUGUAUUGGUUGAGUUUGAUGCCUCGAUCACAAGACCUGUCUUGUGUCACUUGGUAGAGUGGGGACUUGUUUGACUCUGUAUUCUCACAUGGUUGCCAAUAACCAGGGAUGGUAGUUUCUUUAUGUGUUCUGCCACUGCUCGGCAGCUUUCAUAUGGCAAAUUGUUAAGGUCCCUUCCCUUCAAUAAGCAUGUCGCUCUCGUUGGGUGUGGCUUGCACCAACCAGGUAGAAUAGGUCUGUAUGAAUUAGUUGCAUCCCUACCAGGUAGAAUAGGUAUGAAGUAGUUGUGAAAUUCAAAGCAUACUUCUGAGCAGCUUGAUUAUAAACUUGGAAAUAUUUUUUCAGAAAUCUUGUCUGAAUUAUCAGCAGUUUAAUUUUCUAACGUUUUGAAAUAAACAGACGUACAAAUACUAUUGUUCCCAGUAAACUGCGAAACGACCGUUUUUUUAGGCGGUUUGUCAGUGACAAUUUUGUCAAUUACGAAGGACAUAUUUGUGUACCUCGUGAUCACAAUUCGCUGCAAGCGGCGUGUGAAAAACUGCAAGUUUCAGUUUGACAUUCUGACAGUUAAAUGGUUUCUAAUUUUAUUGUCCAAUCAGGUGCGUAGUUUUGAUUUAAAAUUCAAAACUACACAUCUGAUUGGACAAUAAAAUUAGAAACUCAUUUAACUGUCAAACUGAAACUUGCAGUUUUUCACACGCCGCUUGCAACGAAUUGUGAUCACGAGGUACACAAAUAUGUCCUUCGUAAAAAUGGUCGUUUCGCAGUUUACUGUGAACAAUAGUAUAAAUAAACCAAAGCAAUGGGUUAAAUAUAACCCACGGUUAGCGCUAACCGUGCUUUGAACAACCGGCCCUUGGUCUACAAUGACCAAAUAGUUAACUCGUAGUGUUCUGUCAAAGUAAACAAAGACAGUCAAACCAAAAGGCUGGAAAUGAAUUUACUUAUGCGUCAUCACAUGUAUCAUUUGAUUGGACGAAACACUUUUUCUCACGUGUGAGAAAAUUAUUUCUCUUUCCUGCAUGAUUGACUUAUAUUUAUUGCGAAACCAGUUUUUGCGUAAGUAAAUCCAUUCUUGAAACGCGUUAUCUAUAACCAUUUAAGGCCUUUCAUUUUUUUUUUUAUUAUCUUAAUCAGGUGUAUGGAUGCGUCCUUCCUCCUUGCCCUGCAGCAAAUGAGAAAGGUGAUAACGAACAUGAUAUUUAUGCUGAAGGAUUGCUGUUUGCUCCAAAGGAUACGAUGACUAUUAAAUUUACUCCAAAAGAUAAUUUACAUGGCAUUGGUUACAAAGGAAUGUUGGCUCCUAAGCCAAUGGAGAUUUCCAAGCCCGGUUUCUCGGGAAAUUUGAAGAUCAAAGGGCAGGUAAGCAAUCCACGAUUCACAAAUCUUGGAACCGGUUGCACAGUCUAUGCCCCAACUUGAAAAAACCCUUUUCUAUAUGCUCGAAGGUCAGGUUCCUGAUCUACAGUAAGCGUAGCGUAUCAGGGACAUUUAAUAAUAUCAAAUAAUAUGCCAUGCACUGUUUAUGUUCCAACAAGCACACUAAGGAGGGAAAACACAACCUGAUUUUUAGUAGGCUAAAAAAAAAAUCAUUCAAGUCACGAUGAAAACUAUUUUAAAAUAUUUGCCCCAUUGUGUAUCCGUUAUACGUGCUGUAGGCAUUUGGUGUCGGGGCAUUUGAAGAUGAUGAUGAAGAUGUUUACAGUCAAGAUUCAAUUACAAACUAUGAUAUCGAACUUCAUGAUAGGAAACCUUUACAUACUGAUCUUCAUGGAUGGACAGGGCCACCAGGACAGGCAAUUAAAGGUGGGUAAAAUAAUUUAUUUUGUGCUUCUCGCUUGACAAUAUUGAGACACUCAGGAAUAUUUGGUGUCUUUAGAAUAAUAAAAAAAAUAAUACAUAUGUUUAAAUUGUUUUUUCUAUACUGUACAUCGCGCGGUUUGAAAACUAAAACUCUCAGAUAGAAGUAUCUGCGCAUGAGUUUGUAAAUAUUGUGACAGACAUAUUCAAUACGUAAUACAUUAUGGUUGGUGGUAGAAAUAACGUAAUACAGUAUGGUUGUUCGGUCCGAUCUGAUCAAAAUAUUAAUAGUUUAAACAACGAAUUAUUGUAAAGUGUUAUAAAGCAACUUUACGACAACGUUGUCCUGGAGAAAACUUCUUAUACUGUUGUGCUACAGUAUAACUUCUGUAGUGAGGUUGUUGAACUUUAUGCAGAUAAGAAUCAGUAUAUAACACCUUACUUUCUUGCAUAACUAUUCAUGUUAUUUUAGGUGGAGCUCUUUCACUGUUUGCCAAAGCCUCUAAGCCAAAACCUGCCAAUAAAGCCUUUCCCCCACCAUCGAUUCCCGGAGGGUACCAACCCUUUAUUGACGUGAAAGAAACAUACGAUGUAAAAAAGGACGAAACGUCUAUGGCUCAACUUACAUCCGAAGCCAGAGGCAAACUUCUUGGAGAACAACCACUACAAAAGACAACUAAGUCGGUAUUCGAUCUGAUGAGCAAGGAUGAUAGAGAGCGCAUUACUUCGACUAAAAAAACAUUGCAAACGAAUUCUCCUUUAGUGAAAAAUUCUUUGACUCAACAAUGUUCAAAUGUACGUGCAGUAGGUUUUCAACCAUUUGCUAAAGAUCCGGCUAAACAAGCCCGCUAUGAUAGCUUUCUGGAAUCUCGAAAGAGUCAUGGAAUUGAAUCAAAUACAUCGAACGAGCUACGGUUUGUUUGCUUUUUAUCUUUAUUUAAUGUACAAAAUUGUCCUUCAGUAGCAUUAUAUGAAUCUUGUGUAUUCGAGUAAGGCCAAAAGCUACUGUUUGACUGCAUUACGAUCCUGCUACAACGUUGACGAUUCACGAACUUGGAAGACUGUCUGUGUCAAAUCAUAGAAAUGUAACACAUGCAGAAGUCUCAUCCGACCAUUAACUUGCUGUUACUAGAGGGGCGUUUGCACAUUGUGAUUUGUCCUGUGCGAUUCGGGUUUUGGUGUAUGAAAUUCAUUUGAUGCCUCAACUCCAAAAAUCUGAAUUGAAGCGAAACUUUAAAUGCACAAUUGACGCGUGCCUACUCGAUUGGAUUCGCCAAAAUACGAGUCGUACACGGCGGAUCGCGGUGUUAAGUAAACUAAGUAUAAUUACAUAGGUGAUUUAGUGAAAAUUUUCCACGCUGAUUGGUUGCCGUUGAGGUGAUUAUAACGCGAUAAUCACCUAAGCGAUUUUCGAAAUAUUAUGGCGGCCUUCGACUUUGUCUCUGUCCCUAUUCACCGAUAAUCACCUAGCCUUCGGCGAAAAAAUGUUAAUUAUUUCUGUUUUCUAUAUUUAUAUUUAUAUUGAUAUUUUGUAAAGGGCCCACUGUAAUUGGUGUUAAGCUGUUGUGAUGUCCCAGCUUCUUUAAUGCAAUUAUUGUAUGAUGUUUGGAAGCGAAGCACAAUAAAUAAAUAAGUAUAAUUAGGCGGCAAAUUUUAAUAUAAAAACUAUAAAAAUAUAAAAAAGUGUCUUAGCUUUCGUCGUCGACGACGCAAAUUUUUUUCCGUAGACAGUCGGACUCCUCAUUGAUAGUCGGACGCAUCAUUGAUCCGCGUCCAGGCCUCCGCGCGUUAUCGAUGGAUCCCUUCGUACCCUGCGUAACCCAUUGGUGCACCAUAUAUCCAUCACUCCACGUUAUUCUUCUUCGACCACGUGUAGAAAGAUGAACGAUUUGCUUCGCGAUGGUAUAGUAAAUAUACAAACUUGUUUUUCUGGUUGCGAAAAUACUCAACAACUGUUAUUGCAAAUUAAAACUAUAUAUCAUCCCAAAUGAAGAGAAUCGGGAUAAGAUAAAUAGCGUGCCAGGAAAUACUGGAAGAUUCAAAGCGGCCAUCAAGACCACUUUCCACAAAUAGGAGUAUUGCAGAAUACCCGUCCACUAGUAAUAUAUCAUGUAGCCUGGCCACUAUUUCACUGGAUACGUAUAUACCAGAUCUUAUUGUCUCGUUCUAAUAUAUACAAACUAAUUACUAAAACAAUAUUACGAAUUGAUACUAUAAAGGAAAUAUCAUGCAAGACUUUUAAUGUUUAAUAUUAUGCUUAGUAUGCUUUAUGAUAUAAUUUUUUUUCUCCCAGCUACGCUAAUUAAUCAUAAUCUGUCAAACACCAUUGUCCGGUUGUGUGGAACAUAUUACGGAGCUUUAGAUUUGACUACGAGUACGACUACGAGUACGAGAUUUGAUCGCGUGCUAGGAAAUUACCGUAGUCGUUUUCGUUUUCACUCAAAUGUUGUUUUUAUAGCAGUAAACCAACAACGAGAGAAAAAGUUUCAUAAAUUAAAUCUCCUGCAGACUAAAAUCCCCUACAAAACGUGAAAAUAAGUCAUAACAUUAAAAACAGGCCAGAUAUUUAGUAUUAAUAUAUUAUUUGCGCCGGAUAAACGCUAGAAAUUAUUUUUGGAAAACAAAAAAAAGUCAACUUUCUUUGUUUUUUUGAAAAGUCGUCGUGAGGACUACGAGAUUUAUCCGCAAGUUCGUUAUCAGAUGGGCGACGGCUACCACUUUUUCGCGUCAGUACGGGAUGGCGUAAGCAUACAGCAUGCGUUUUCGCUUGACGAAUCUCGUACUCGUAGUCAAAUCUAAAGCUCCCUAUUUACAUAUUGGCACCACAUUUAAGCUCUCUAUAGCAUGAGAAUUUAAUCUAUUAAUGCUAACUGUCACCUUAAUCUCAAAAUAACUACUUGACUGCGUAUCCGCGUAUCCACUAAAAUAUAGAGCUACCUAUAGCAUGAGAAUUUGAUCUAAUGUUAAUCUAACUGUACGCCUCGUUCUCAAAAUAACUUGACUGCAUGUCCGCGUAUCCACUAGAAUAUAGAGCUACCUUUAACACUAUGACAAUUUAAUCUAUUAACGCUAAGUCACGGGAUUUUAAUCUAUCAAUCUAUUUAUUAAUCUAUUGAGAAUAAAUGUAGAUGUAUUAAUGCAUCGUAUCCAUGAUGUUUGAAAAACAUAGCUUAAAAGUGGACGGGUAUUCUGCAAUCGCUCCGGAAGAUAUUGCAAUGGGUUUUUUUCAAAAUUAUGGAAUCGAAAACAAUGAAACUUAUAAAGAAUUACAGAAGCAACGAAAAGAGUUACAAAAAACUGCUACAAAAGCAAAGAAAAGCAAGUGGAAAUGGCGAAUAUAACUUAAUAAAAUAUGUCAGAUGUCAUCACCACACAAGAUGUAUGAAGCCACAAUGUGUCCUGCUCAGAUUUUGACAUCUCAACCAAGCAAUACAACAUUUUGAAAUUAUCGAUUGCGUGCGCAAGACACACUGGGAAGGCGCAUCUAAUAAGAAGAGUAUCCGCUGAAUGUUUUGUUUAAGGGCGCGGGUCAAUGAUGCGUCCGACUCUCUACGAGGAGUCCGACUGUCUACGGAAAAAAAAUUUGCGUCGAUGACAUCAUCAGGGAUUGUGAUACAAUGUUGCAUGGUUGACUCUCAUAACGUUGCGAUUUAAUCUCAUAUUGCAUUGUCUUUAAUUUAAUUGUACAGGAGUGGGCCAGACUACUCAAAAGAAUGCACUUUACGCAUGGAACAAAAUACAUCAUGAAAAUAUGAAAAUAUCCUGAACUUGUCCCUAAACCUUCUUAAUAACAUGCUGGUAUUCGACAAAGCGUUUCUACCAUAGAAACCUACAGUAAAACAAGCUAGACAUUUUCAUAUUUGCUUUUAUUAAUUAGAUGUGGUUUGACUGAAUGGGAAAGGGAACGUGAAAAGGAAGAAUUCUCUAGAGCGGCGAUGCUUUAUCAACCACUGAAAGGAGACAUAGCUGCACGUUUCAUGGGAGGGAGAAACAUCGAUGACGAUGCUUCCGAUAAAGUAUGUUCACUUUGUUUCUUUUGGCUAAGCUAUAUACUAAAAUAUAACUGAACAAUUCGCUCGAAAGUCGAAGAAUCAUAAAAAAGAUUUUGUUAUUACGUUUAUUGUGGACAACUGAAAAGAAGUUCUGUUAUAUUAUAAGAAGUUAUUUUAAGUCCUUUCACCCCCUAGUCUCCCUCGCAGACGUUCUUAUAGCUCUAACCCUCGCUAACUAACGUCUGCUGAAACGAGCUGCACAUUCCAUUCCCUUUGUUUUAGGAGCCAAUCAUCUGGCAAUGUUCAAAAGAGUUAGAGCCAAUUGGAAGCCGCCUUAUUGAGAGUUUAGCUACUGGGGAAAGCCCUUGCACAUGGGAAUAUAUUGUUUGGGUUGAAAUUUGUUUACUUGCGUGGAGAUAUUUUGGAAACUAUAGCCUUGAACUUCACGAUGCUUACGUAGAAUAAUAUUGUGAUCAUCUUCUCGCAUGUUCUGCAAACAACCGGCGUAUAUAAAAUGCAAAAGCUAUGCAACAGGCGAAAUUUUAAAUUUUGUUAACAAUGACAAACAAGCAAUCUGGAAACUCGAGAACGAGUAGAUCAGGAUAUGUCCAAAUGUUGCUAUUAAAUUAAACUCUUACUAAGUCUAGUCUUACGAUAUGCCAUGGCUUCGACGAAAAAUUCUAAAAGAUUAAGCUCUCGUUGCAUGUAGAAAAGUAUAACGAAGUUACAUGUAUAAACGUUUCGAAGUUUGGGCGAACUGGAAAUUCAUAUCGGCGCAAUUAAAAGUUUCUCGGGUUUUAUUUGUGUUGUGUUUACAUUCAAAAGUCAGAAGUCGUUGCUCAAACAGCAAAUUAGUUUACUUUGAAACUAAUAUUUCGCUUUCUAAGCCACUGACAGUAUUAUAUCAAAUUUUCUGUCUUCUGAGUUCUGUUGUCUUAAAGAUAUAUAUCUGCCAUCCUGUCCACGUUUUAAAUAUAACCGAACAUCUUUAAUAUCUGAAUCUGAUAAUUAAUGGCGCAUUUUAUUUCCUGGACAAGUAUCAAUGUCUUUAAAUUCAAUUUAUGUGCAAUUUUGACCAAAAUUCAACCGAUGACUGCUUUCAAAAUAUAAAAAUAUUUAUGUACUAUUUAUUCCGCCUGUAAAUCACUUUCCGAAAUAUAGAAGGUUCGCUGUGAUUGGUCGAUCGGAGGGAAUGGAAUGUGCAGCUCAUUUCAGCAGACGUUAGUUAGCAAGGGUUAGAGCUAUAAGAACGUCUGCGAGGGAGACUACCACCCAAGAUAACGUCGAUCAGAUCAAUAUUCAGUUGUAUUUUGACUGACAGACUCACAAUUAUUGUACUUUACUACUGUCAUUGGCUAGGAUUGUAUUUUGAUACAAUAUUUAAAUAGUGAUUUGGUUUUUGCUGGAGUGGCAAUAAACAAUACAACCACGAUAUAACCGUUUCCAAAAUUAAAAUGUCCAUAAUACAUGUCAUAUUCUUUUUGGUAGAAGUUGGCAACCAUGGUUAAAAUUAUAAAACAAUCUUUUAAUGGUGACCUUGUUUACAUGAUAUAUGUCUACUGACAGUCUAUGAAAUUAGAAACGUUAUGCACCUGUGGAGGUUCCGUUGAACUUAUCCUUCAGCCUUCUGCAUAUAGUCUAUAUAAGCGUAAAAAAAUUUGGAAGUAUAGAAGAAACAGAAUAGCAUGUUAAAAUCUUACUAGUUUAAAGCUUUCAACUGUCUUGGUGACCUAAUAGCCUUGAUUCAACCUGUCCAGAGUACAACACAACAUGAAAAACACAGUGCAAUUUGGUGAAAAUUUAGCGAAAUUGCCAGAAAUAUUAUUUGCCCAUUCAUCACGCAACCGCCAUUUUAAAACUGAACUAUAUAGGUCACUGAAGCAUACUUGCAAAAUCACCCAUAAUAUCUAUAAAAUAUACCGAUGUACCUGUGAAAUGUUCAUUUUGUGACAUCCUAAAGACAGACAAUUAGCAUUUUAAAGCUCCCUCGAGCUACGCAUACAUAUGCACACAGUAAGUUUAAUCUGGUGUCGUUUGAAACAUACUUUAGCUAAAAUACAACUUGAGCAAGAAGUCCAACAAUGGGGUCACAAAAACAGUCGAAAUUGUGCCCAAAUUUGCAUACAUGAAAACAUCUCCGAUCAAGAGGUUUUGCUCAAUACAGUAGAUAAGAUGCUAAGUCGCAAAGUGAAGAAACAAUUACCUUCAUAUGAGGAAUUGGCAAACAAAGUCGCUGAUUUCUUUGUGGAGAAAAUACAGAUUCUAAGAAAUGAUUUCUCUACAGACAUGCCCCAUAUGAGAGUAACCCUAUAGUAUAUAAUGUACCAAAUGUUGCGAUUGAACUUCAUGAAUUUACAUGCAUUAACCAAAGAAGAACUAGGCCCUCUUCUAUGUUGCUUAGUUGGAAAAUCUUAUAUCAUAUACCUGGCUGUAUCUUGAGGGAUCGCAUUGAAGAAUUACUACCAACUGUAACGAGAAUUAUUAACCUUUCUCUACAAACAGCCGUGAUGCCCAAUGAUCUUGAAACCUAAAAUUAAGAAAGCAUCUCUUGACAAUGAAUUGUUCCCUAGCUUCUGACCUAUUUGUAACAUACGGUUCUUAGCCAAAGCUACUGAGAAAGUUGUCACAUCUAAGUUGGACUGUCGCCUGACUAAUUCAAAUGCUCAUUAAUUAUAUCAGUCGGCAUACAAACAAGGACAUAGUACAAGCACCACAUCGACCAUUACCUUCAUUACAGAGUAUUUACUCCGGCACACAACUGAUCGAAUCAACACUGAGAACAUUGGACUGUGGUUUGAUGACACUAUGUCUAUGA